UCUAAAUAGAAAGAUGGGUACUUCUUAUGAGCGGAAGACGAAAUAUACUGACGGCAUUUUAACAUUUGACGAUCCUUCAUUUCAGACAGUAAUACUUUGUGACUUAUAAAAAUAUUCAAGUGAUCUUGCUGCAUCAUCUUACUGAUUCAAACAAAUCAAAGGCUCAAUAACAUUAAAGUUAUCCUUCUGACCAUCAUUCAGGAUCAACCUUUCUUGGAGCGCAUUUAUUCACCUCAUACGCAGUCAUGGCUUGCAUAGAAGAUGGAGAUGGUCUCGGAUUGGGACUCUCUCAAGAUGGCGCAUAUGUUGCUGGCAGACAUCCUAUUAUCAAGCAACCAUCCGUUAGCCCAAUCUCUUCUCACGACUCGAAUGCACCUUUCUCCCAUCACAGGUCGCCAUCUUGGGUUCGAUCACAACAAUCUUUCGAGUAUGCGCUACCCUCUCCUGUGCCAGAGCAACCACUCUCACCGCGUCAACGUGCGUCAAAUGCGCAAUUUGCCGCAGAAGCUUCGCGAUCGUAUUCAGAUUUGAAUGUUGGACAAGCUUCCGUUGAGUCGAACUACAUCGAUCAGCUCGAAUCGUACGAGAGCGGUAUUUCUCCUAAAGUUCGAAAUCAUUCCAAUACUUCUUUUACCUCAACACUUUCCCAGAUCAAAAGAGUUAGUCAACGGGUCAGGAAAGAUUCUUUCAAGAAAACGCAUGGGUAUAGAACUGAUUCAGUUGCAACCGAGAUGACGAUGUACAGGAAUGGUUCACUGGCAACAGAAAUGUCCAUGUCAAAUGAUGAUCCGUUACAGAAUAAUCUCGAUUCAACCACCUUUUCCAACACGCCAAUCCGAAACCGCGCGGCAAUGGAUUGUAUGUUUUCCGAGGGUAUUUCUCCGCGUACAAGGAUCUCUCAAAGCUCUACAAUUUCUACCCGCUCUUCCAGCAAGUCAGUUGACGAAAUCGCAAAGAGAAGAAGUGAUUUGGCAGGCAUUCAACAGACGGAUUUUGGAACGUUGGACUCAUUCAAUGGCUUGCCUUAUGCCCGUGAUACGUCAACGGAUUUGUAUUCUUCGACCGAUAUGAACUCAACUACCAUACCGGAAAGCCAACAAAGUACACCUACAGAAAGAGUUUCCUUCAAUCCAAGUUUGGCACUUCUUAUGGCUGAAGAAGGACGUGAUGUUCGUGUUGAGGCAAAUGGAAGACCGUUGAGUGAAAUCGAACCUUUGAUUACGUCCAGAACGACGCAUUUGAUCUUGUCCAAUUGUCACGAUGCAAGCAUUCUGGAGUACCUAGAGCGCGUUUUGCCGAUUGUUUCUCAUUCAUUGGUUGUGCUGGACGUAUCAUACUGUCAAUUAAACGAACUUCCACAAGGUCUUUCUCAGUGCACCCGAUUGGAGGAACUCAAUCUUUCCGGUAAUCACUUUUUGCACUCCUGGCACACGGAUGCCGAUGCACUCGUUCGAUUUUACUCAACUUUACAGGUGCUUCUUAUCGAUCAUUGUGCUUUGACAAUCUUGCCAGGAGUUUUGAUGCAUUUCCGUCAAUUACGUUCAUUGAGUGCACGCGGUAAUCAUUUGACCCAUCUUCCAGCUUGGUUACAUCAUCUUCGUCGCCUAGAACGUAUAUCGAUCGGUGAGAAUCCAUUCAUUGGUCCUUGGAUUGACAUUUGCUUGCCCUUCACUACUGCUGUGGUAUACACUUCUACAGCAUCUGAUUUGGAACAUUCGGUACGCUUAGCGGCUGAUGCUUCGGCAAACCAGGACACUAUCGGACGGUCAAGAAGCCAAUCAUUCUCGCCUGGAUCAUUAUCGCAGUUCAAUUUGUCAAAGAACAAUCCAAUGACACGCAAUGAAGAUGUACUGGAAGAACUUGAAGAUGAAGAUCAAUCAACAGAAGAUCCGCCGUUUGGACGAACGCUUUCCUCUCAAUACGGCAAUCAGAUUUCCAAGGCAAAAGUGCGUCCAACUGUUAGCACGAGCGAUUUGAAGAGCUUAUCGGAUUUGGAAGUUUCCUCCGCUGUAUCAACUCCAUCAACAGAUGCUUGUCCUGCCACUCCAUCAUCGAUCGCAUCUUCUACCUCUUCACCCAGAAAGUCAAGUGCAGGUGAGGCUGAUAUCGGUAGAUGGUUGACGUUCCGACGCAAGAAAGUGAGCAGGAAAGCAUCUACGACCGUUCUUGUCGUUCCAACAGAACCAUUACCGGUGAGUCCCGCACAAAGCACAAUCUCAUUGGCAACGCAAGAAAAGAAAAAGAUAUCAAAAGAUAAACUAAGACCAAACACAGCUGGAGCAAACACACCGCCAGAAAGGACGUCAUCCUUGAGUACUCGGUCAUCAACUGCAACUCUGUCUUUGGUCAAGGGUGUUGACGAUGAUAGCUCAUCGCUGGGAAGCAAAAGUGACCGAAGCACACCUCGUACACAGAAACAGUUGCACAGGACCAGCUUCUUGCCAUUUGCGUUGCCGAUCGACCCUGACGCACGCACAGCCAUUGAUGCGGAUAUCCAUCAAAGACACAAUGUUAGGAUUCUGUUGGAGUAUCUGGAAGAUUUAAGCUUGCUCAAUCCUGAUCAACGAAGAUUGAAUGAUUGGCUUGAUAGACCAAGAUCAGAGUCUAUAAGCUCACAAGGCAGUUCAUCGUACAUGCCGGCACUUUCUCGAUCGGGAAGCGAGAGUGCAUCUUCGAUUUCAAACUCAACUAGACCUUCGUCAGAUGAUGAAAGUCAAGCCAAAAUCACAUCAUGUACUUCUUUGAGCAGCAUUCGGGAAAAGCAAGAUUCAGGUUCGGUCAAUCAGCCUGAACCUGUUUUGGCGCCAGUUGCGGUAAAAGAUGAUGCGAUCAGACGAGCAAAUAUCAUUGGCGAAAUCAUUGCAACGGAACAGACGUACGUCAAGACGUUGGGAGAACUGAUUGAUAUUUACAUUAUCCCCUCAACAAAAGUUGACGCACACAAUCAACCACAAAUCCCAAUCUCGGAACGAAGGAUCGUGUUUGGAAAUGUGGAAGCCAUUCAGCAUUUCCAUAGUCAAGCAUUACUGCCUUCUUUGUGUUCUGCUGCGCAAGAGUUACUCGAUAAGCAAGGCGAAAGACCUGAUGCAAAUGAUGCAAAAGCAGUGGAAGCCUUUAAUGCGUUAACUGCACAAGUUGCAGAAUCCAUUGCUCAAACGUUUGAGAGGCAUGUGGCAUUCUUCCGUAUGUACACAGCUUACGUUAACAAUGUAGAAAGUGGUCAAGCUCGGGUUGCCUCUUGGCUUUCAACAACGACACCUUCUGCUCCUUAUCUACGAGCAGGUUAUUCGAUGAGCAAUCUACGCCGUGAAGCUGCUCCUAUGUCCAAGAGCUUCGACACUUUCCAACACAAUGCGCUUGGAGCGGGAAAACUUGAAUCUGAAUCACUUGCUUUGCAAAGUAAGGAUCGUAAACGGAUCAAAUUAUUCUUGCAACGUGCAAGGUUGGACAAGAAUCAUUCACAAAUUUCGUUGGAAGCAUAUUUGCAUCUUCCCGUCCAACGUGUUCCUCGUUAUCGUCUUUUAUUUGAGGAUCUCGUGAAGUGUUGUCCUUCAGAACGGUUAAAGGACGGAAGGUCGAUCAUCAAUGCGUUAGGAUCGAUCAACUCGAUUGCAACAAUGAUGAACGAGAGCAAGCGUCAAUGCGAGAUGAACAGAAGACUGUUGAGAUGGCAAGAAAGGAUCCGCGGUACAUUCCCGUCUCCAUUGGUACAGCCGCACAGAAGAUUAUUACACGAUGGUUCAUUGGUCUUGACGAGGAUCGUUACCAGAAUCCCAUCUUUCACUGCUCGUAGGGUGACAAUCGUGGGCGAUACAACAACGUACGAGUUGAUGGAGGAUCCCACCUUACUACAAAUUGCAGAUGCUGAACAACUCUCCUCUCAAACAAAAGCAGAAGAUGAUCAAUCAAGAGGCCACAAACAACAGCAAGGUAGUACUGGCUCUUCGCAAAAUUUUCCACCACCACCACUUCCACCAAAAGAUCACAAGGAUGCUUUGUUGCAAGUUCAUCAUCUCGAACAGCGUUUCGUUUCUACAGCCGUAGAAGUGAUCUUGUGCAAUGAUAUUUUGGUAAUUUUGGAAGCAUCGCAUCCUAUCGGAUUUAGUUCAAGUAUGAGCAGUGCUACUGCUGCAAAUUUGACCCUUUUCACCGUGAUGAGAAUGGAAGGUGAAGCAAAAGUGGUUGAUGAAAGAACGUUGAGGAUUGGCGAUGCAGAAAAGAUUUACUACCUUACUGCUAAAAACAGAAAGGAAGCCGAGGAAUGGCAAAGAUCAUUUGCCAUUGCAACUCGAAGGCCAUCUAUGUGAGGCAAUUCUUGAUUUCAAUAAAACUGUAUUUGUAGUUUGAACCCAUGUCACGACAUGUGUAUUGUAGAUAGAGAUUAAAAUGAAUCCUUCUUUUCUUUGACAUCUUCGAAUCUAAAGAGUGAG